CUAUCUUAAUCCAGCACUCUUCACACAGCUCCACCAUGGUCCCAGAUUUCUUGCGGUACUUCUCUCUCCACUUCAGCCGCAUCUCCCUGCUGGCAGACGGGUCUUUCUACUGUGCGAGCUUCCGCAGUUGUUGUAACGACUUUUGGAAUGGAUCCGACAGUAUGUUUGGUUUUAUUUCUCCUUCAUGUAGUUACUGUGAAGUGCAGCACGGAGCCGUUUGUGGAUGUUAUUGUUGAUCGGUACGACGUGCCCAAAGUUUGUCCUCGAGAGGUGCAAACAGAAGAUUUCAUCCGGUAUCACUUUAACGGCUCUUUACAUGCAGACGGGAAAAAGUUUGACUCCAGUCAUGACCGAGGCAAGGCGUUCAUCAGCCAGGUGGGCCUGGGCAGACUUAUCACAGGGAUGGACCGAGGUCUUCAGGGCAUGUGUGUCAAUGAGCGGAGGAGGAUAAUAAUCCCUCCACACCUGGCCUACGGAAGCGUCGGAACAGGUGAGGUAAUUCCUCCUGAUGCUGUGCUGGUGUAUGACGUUGUCCUGCUGGACAUAUGGAGCACAGAGGACAAGGUCCAGAUCCGCACACUGAGUAAACCCACGAGGUGCAACCGCACCAUUGUGGCAUCAGAUUUUGCCCGUUACCACUAUAACGGCACCCUGCUGUCGGGUGCACCCUUUGACUCCAGUUACUCGAGGAAUGAAACCUAUGACACCUACGUGGGAAAAGGCCACCUCAUCAGAGGCAUGGAUAAGGGUCUUCUAGGCAUGUGUGUUGGGGAGAGAAGGGUCAUCAUCGUCCCACCCUUCCUGGCAUAUGGAGAGAGCGGCUCUGGAACUCGGAUCCCUCCUCAGGCUACGCUGGUGUUCGAGGUGCUGAUGGUUGAUAUAUUCAACCCUAAGGAUGAUCUGAUCGUGGAGGUAAAAGAGGUGCCUGAAGGUUGCACCCGCAGGACAGUGACCGGAGAUUAUAUUCGCUACCACUACAACGGGACCUUCCAGGAUGGCACGGCCUUCGACUCAAGCUACCAGCGAAACAGCACCUAUAACACUUACAUCGGCAUGGGAUAUGUGAUCCGAGGGAUGGACAAAGCCCUGAUAGGAUUGUGCAUAGGAGAGAAGAGAAGGAUUACCGUCCCUCCUCACUUGGCGUAUGGCGAAGAUGGAGUUGGAGACCUUAUUCCUGGCUCUGCUGUUCUGAUCUUUGACAUUCACGUCAUUGAUUUCCACAACCCUAAAGACCCGGUCGACAUCAAAGUUACCCACAAGCCUGAGGAAUGCAAAAUGACCAGUGAAGCUGACGACUUGAUUCUGUAUCGAUAUAAUUGUUCCUUGAUGGAUGGCACCCUGCUGUACUCCUCGGACAAUCAGAACUCACCAUCCACUACGACCCUCGGAGCAAACAUGGUGAUCUCGGGUCUGGAGACAGGUUUGAUCGGCAUGUGUGUGGGCGAGAGGAGGGAGGUGGUCAUUCCACCACACUGGGGACAUGGUGAAAGUGGAGCUGGAGGAGUUCCCAGCAGUGCAGUGCUCUUCUUUGAGCUGGAAUUAGUGGAGCUGCAGAAGGGUGUGCCUGAAGGCUUCAUGUUUGUGUGGUUAGGAGACAGUCCUGAUCCCCUCUUUCCUGCUAUGGACCUCAACGGUGACAAAGAGGUCCCUCUAGAGGAGUUUUCAGCCUUCAUCAUGCUCCAAGUUGAACAGGGCAAUGGUCGUCUUCGUCCGGGGAUCGAUAGUGACAGCAUCAUUAAGGAUAUAUUCAAUAACCAGGACCACAAUAAAGAUGGGAAAAUCGUAGAAGAUGAACUGACAUCUAAAGUGGUUGAGGACUCUGAACAAGUAAAACGAGAUGAGUUGUAAAGGGGACGCAUGCUGUGUUGUUGUUGUGAUGGUCAUCUUAGCAUCUGUGUAGAUUUAAACAUUGUUGAGCCUUUAGACAGUCAGAUAAUUGGCUUUGCAAGAUUCUGUUCAAAUAUAUCAAUGCCAUCUCACAGCUAGUUGAACCAGUCAGUCAUUGUAAUGGAGCUGAAUAACAACAGUCUAAGAAAACAUCUGUGUUUGAGGGGUCAGUAUGACGUGUACAAGGAACAGGUGUUUGAAAAUGUGAAAACUGGUCAGUACUGAAACUGUCUCAAACAUUUGGGCUGGGCCCUUCAUCCAGAAUACAUUUUACAGAAAUUAGUUAUGAAUAAAGUGCCUCAUAAAAAUGAUGAAAACCACUGGUUGUACAGCAUAUUUCUGAGUGAAAAAAAGUUAUAUUACUAGUGUGUUGUGAAACAUAAAAUAAACUGUUUUAUAAUAAAAUGAAGAGAUCAUUUACUUUAUUUCUUCCACAAUGGACAUGUACAUACACAUAUUUCUAAAAUUAGUUUGACAGACAUUAAUUCAGUGGCCUGAAUUUUAAUGAAAAAAAAACUGCAAAAUGUUUGAAUGAAAAGUGAUAGGGAAGAGAUGAAAACACAUUUUAUUUCAGGUUGGAACAUGAAGAGGAAAUGAGUUUGGACAAAAAAAUGAACUGACUGUACGUGGCAAACUCUACAGAUAACAGAGCAAAAAAAGAAAAGUCAUUUGGAUGACUUUGUGUUAAGACUCAGUUAUUACACUUUUGGAAAUGUAUUUGUUGCAGUCUAGAAACUAACUAACUUUAAUCUCUUUUUUGAAACCAUACUGCUAGAAUGACUGAAGGUAAAAUCACCAACAUCCUGUUAGUUUUAGUAAAACUUCUGAGGUAGCAGUUAGUUCUUACAAAUUAUAUCUAUGAAGUUUUGUUUUUGCUCAGCUAGUUAUUUAACUCUUAAAAUCAAGUUGCACUGAUU